GAAACUUUGUAGGGAGAAUUCGAAGCAAAAAAAAAAAAAAACAAAUUUAACAACAAAAAAAAAUGGAAAAAGGUUUCUCUGUCGAAGAAGAAAUGUCCGGUAAUAACCAUCUUUUGUCGGAGCCGGCUAAAGCAUCUUCGGGAACGAAUCGUAGUGAGUCAGAGUGGGCAUUCCAUCGCUUCUUACAAGAAUCCUCCGACGCCAGUGCCGGUGUAGCCGCGACGGCGUCCGUCUCUGGACCUUCUUCUCCGGUGGAUUCUCAUGAAUACAGAGAGAUUCUGAAGAGUAAACUCAAUCUAGCUUAUGCUGCUGUUGUCGCCAUGAAAAGAGGAGGUUUCAUCAAACCUCAGGAUACCUCUGGUAGAUCUGAGAAUGGUGGAGGAGCCUAUACAUCAGACCAAGGCUCCUUAGCUUCUCCCAAAGCUACACCGGUGAUGAGCAGUACCAUAACAAGUGGAUCCGAGCUCUCUGGUGAUGAAGAAGAAGAAGAAGCUGAUGGUGAAACUAAUAUGAAUCCUACCAAUGUUAAGCGUGUCAAAAGGAUGCUCUCUAACAGGGAAUCAGCUAGAAGAUCCAGAAGAAGAAAGCAGGCACACCUUAGUGAGCUAGAGACACAAGUUUCACAGCUGCGUGUAGAGAAUUCAAACCUCAUGAAAGGUCUCACUGACGUAACUCAAACAUUCAAUGACGCAUCUGUAGAAAACAGAGUUUUGAAAGCCAAUCUAGAGACACUACGAGCUAAAGUGAAAAUGGCUGAGGAGACAGUGAAGAGAAUCACAGGAUUCAACCCAAUGUUCCACACCAUGCCUCAGGUUUCAAGUGUCUCUAAUCUUUCAGAGACAUCAAACUCUCUAGGCACAAGCUCCCAAGUGACCACACCUGAGACCCCCAGCUCAAGCAACAACAAAAGCAAGGCCUUGAUCGGUUGCAAAAUGAACAGAACAGAGUCGAUGAGGAGAGUUGCGAGUUUGGAGCAUCUGCAGAAACGUAUUCGCAGCGUUGGGGAUAAGUAGCUUUGUGAAGAAGAAACUCGAUUUGUAUAAUUAUCACAAAUAGACAGAGAGACAGAGGCGUUGAGACAAAAGUGUUAUAAUGUGUUGUGUAAAGAAUUGUCUGACCUAGUUUAUCUCUGAGAUUAGGUCUUUCUUUUAUGUAUUUUCAAUCUCUUUUUUUCAAAAUCUACAAGUUUGUAUCUUGUAACUACUACAAAGUUAUCAAACUCAAAGCUUCAUUGCUAAUGUAAAGCAAUAGAAAAGACCA